AAAGUGGCAGGCAGCAGUUGUGUUUAGGCCUCACCUUAAGGUGUGUCUUUAGGCUCCGCCUCCGGCAGGUGUUUUCUAGUUCAGCUUACAGCUCUCGGUCAGUCUUCUCUGCUCAGGUGAGCCGGACUGACCUGUCACCCUGCAGUCAUGGAAGAGGCGGUCGGCCUGGGCGCUGUCACUGUGCUGGCGGUCCUGGAACAAGCGUAUUUCUCUCUGCAGGUUAUUUACGCCAGGAGGAAGUAUUCAGUGUCUCCGCCCACUACCAGCGGGCCACCUGAGUUUGAACGAGUCUUCAGAGCUCAAGCAAACUGUUCAGAGUAUUUCCCCAUCUUCGUCACGUUGCUGUGGAUAUCUGGAGUCUUCUUCAACCAAGGGUUGUCAAGUGUCUGUGGUUUGCUGUAUCUUUAUGGACGACUGCGUUACUUCUGGGGAUACUCAGUGUCUGCCAAGGGACGUUUGGCUCCUCUCUACUUCAGCUCUCAGAUUCUGUGGGUUCUGAUCGGGUUCUCCUCCAUCGGUGUUCUGUUGAUGUUCUCCCAGGUGUACCUGAACGUGGACCUGCUGCAGGAGCUCGGUUCUGCUCUCGGCCUGUCCUGAUUCACAUGGGAGCGAUAAAGGCACUGACUGACAACCAGAAAGUUUUUAUUACUUUAGUCUAUGUAAAACUUUUUUUUUCUCAGAUGGACUCAAAUAAUGCAGCUUUUCACUAAAUUGAGGCCGUAGCAUCAACUAAACACUACAGCUCUAGGAACGGGUACAUCAGAGGGACGACCAGGAGAAGAAAGCAGGUGUUUAAUAAGUUUUCCCUGAAAUCUUUGAACCCCCCCCCCUCCCCCCCAGCAAUUACAUCUGUAGGAAGAAUGUUUCACCACAAGGUGGCAGUAGUUCUAUGUCCCAGAGAAAAAUCAUUUCCAGUUAACAAGAGUAAAAACAGAUAAAAGAAAACACAGCAAUGGAUUAGGAAGGACUUUAUUUUUUUAAAGAAAGAAAAUUUUGGCUUUGUAAUAAAAAAAAGAUCUAAAACUGAUUUUGCUGCUAAAACUAAACUAUGUUUGUAACUUUAGGUUUCACUGUAAUUUCUGGAACACACACUCUUUAAUAAAAGUCACACCCUGGUUGCUUCUGUU